AUGUCUCAGAAAUCCAUCCUAAGGUCUGUCCACUGCCUUUCAGCCUCUCUUUCCCACGUUGCUUACAUUUCCAAAUUCGUCGUAUGUCAAGGGCCGAAUACCGUCAACAUGCGUGAAUCCUUUUUCCUCGCCGCAGCCCUCGAUGCUCUUGGUGCUGAAGCAGACGAUUCCAGCAGCACCAUCAUUGGCUCCUUCUCUCCUCCAUGA